GAACUAACGUACAAAGGUGCAACGAGCGUGGAAGCGUCUUCUGUUAUCGCCAGCCUCCUUGACUUGUGGUUGCAGAUGCAGGGCAAGCGCGUUGAACCUGCAUCUCUCACCCAAUCAGUAAUUUGUAUAUGACGUAUACAUUCGUUCCACAACUCCCUUUCAGAAGCUCUUCCAAAUCGGCAGCAUCCGCCCCACAAUUGAGGAAUUGCUGGUUCCUGGAUUGGAGCAAUUGAUGCUGGCAACAGGUCUGUCGCAGGAACUGCCCCUUGCGGAUCUCCUCCGACAGCUUGCAAACCUUCAGCGCAGCCGAGGACCACCGCGCCGUAGCUCAUACCAUGUCAACAAAACACCUAACUGUAGAGCUUCUGUAUAGCUCAAUUCCUUCCUCACGACCCUAAACAUGGAGUCGCAGCAGCAUGUGAGGGUUGCUGUGGUGGGCUCGGGCAUGGCGGGGCUCGUUACAGCCCACCUGCUCAAGCAAGACCGCCGCCAGCGAUACACGGUGAAGGUGUUUGAGUCGGGCAAUACCCUUUCUCUCGAUUCAGCUUCCGUCUCUAUUCCUAAUGCCGCGCGCACAUCGUCCAACCGCGUCGACCUGCCCAUGCGCGCCUUCGCCGGCGGCUUCUACAGCAACCUGAGGUCUAUGUACGACUACCUGGGCAUUCAGUACCAAUCGCAGCCCUUUUUGUUCGAAUUUGCGCAAUCAAAAUUGCCCUACUACACACACGCAUCGAAUCUACACCAGCUUCCUGCGCGCCCGAAUGGCGUCAGCUUGAUAUCGUACCUACUAGAGUUGGCGUAUCUGGUUGUAUGCUAUGUAUACUUCUCGCUCUGCUGCUUCUUCGUAGCUCCACAGCGAGGCGAAACACUGCAGGCCUACUUUGAGAGGACGUGGACACCAGAGCGCUUCAUUACCUACUACGUCCUUCCGCUCAUAUCGAGCGUGACUACCUGCCCUCACGACUUGUUACUCGCGUUUCCUGCCAGCGAUCUGACUGAGUACAAACGAAGAACCCAUCGCGCGCCGCACUACACCGUCUCAGAGGGCGUUCGAGCGGCCCAGAAUCGCCUGGCGAAGGGCAUACAAUAUGAGCUCAAUGCUGCCAUCACGGCUGUAGAGCCGCAAGAGAAAGGCGUGCGGCUCUCUUGGAAGAAUGCUGAUGGGCAGCAACAGACGGAGGUAUUCAACAAAGUCGUUCUUGCGGUUGCACCCGAUGUAGUUGGACAAGUCUUCGAGCCUCUACAGCAGUACAUGGCACGUAUACCAACAGCUGUCGUUGAGAGCGUUGUACAUACCGACGACCGCGUCCUGAACAUGGGCUAUAAGUCGGCGGACGGGAUGAACAGCAAUGCACAAUUGAUCCAUCUGAACACCUCGACCGUUGAUCGACACCGGACCGAGUCACACCACAUGCAGCCGUGCGGUGCAAUCGUCACGACUUGCCCCUUCAGCCCGAUGGAGGAGUCUCGAAUCACCCACUCGGCCAAGUUCACGCGUGUACUUCGUAGCCCACAGAGCCAGCGCAUCGUCAAUGCGAUAUUUGGAGAUACGCCGGAGUGUUAUAGUGACGAGAAGUCAGUGCCACUUUGGAGGAAUGGCGACGAUAAUGUAUAUCUCGUUGGUGGCUGGUGCUGGGAUGGCAUGGUACUCUUGGAAGGCUGCGUUGUAUCAGCAAUGAGAGUCGCGGACGCAUUCGAUGUAGAGGUGCCCUGGCGGCAAUAGCUAUAGAACAAUGUAC